AUGUGCGGCGGGCCGGUGCUCCGGCGGGACUCCGGCAAGUGCGUCGGGGUGAUCGUAUCCCAAGUGCUCAAAAAUGCCUCACCAAGGGAUCCGAACGUGGACGCACUCUACCAGAAUCCUUACCUAGACAUUUCCGAGAUUACAUCGCUGCACACCCAUGGUUCACUGGAUGUGGCCUUCGUACCGAUCGGAGAGUUUUAUAGCACAAUGCGUCGUUCUGAGCUGUAGUAGGAUGAUUAUGAGCGUUUGUUGAUAUUGUAGGACAAAUGCAAUGAUUAGGAGAGAUCUAGCAGAAAAGAACACGAUGAGUUUAGACUAAACCAUUAUGGAUAGUGUGAUUUUUCCCUCUUGUUUUAUUUUAGUGCCAUAGUUUUGUGUUUAUA